ACACACACAUACACACACACAUGCACACACGAUGUUUGACCCUAUCGCUGACCGUGUGUUCCAGAUGCACAGCCUGCAGCAGACAGAAAAGACGCGCACACAGAAAGUCGUCACCAACUUCUUCAGGGGCGUGUCUGUUGUCAUGGUGAUGGUAGCAGCCUACAUGCCAGCGGCCAUGUCGCUCUAUUGGACAUCGUCUUCGGCCGUGGGACUGGCCCAGAACAUCCUCCUCAAGUUGCCAUGGUUACGGCAGGCCUGUCGCAUCCCCCCCACCCCCCGGGACUCCCCCACCCCCUUCAGAGACAUGGCCGCCUCUGUGCGGCAGAAACUCCGACGGGAGACGAGAAAACCUCCAGCAAAGUCCUGACAGCAGAGAAUGGAGACGGUUCCCCCUCUCUUGUCCCCUGCUGGUAGGGUCAGAACUGUACUGUGUAUAUGAUAGUGGUUACAAACCAGUUCAAUGGCCAGCUAACUCGGGCAUGUUAUCCAGUCUAUUUGGCCAAUUUCAAGUUUUCAUGCAACCUAUGGAGAUGUACAGCCUCCUUCAGUCAGUAUUGACCAUGAUUAAACCAUAUAGCUGAUUCACAUUUAGCUUUAGAGCGUUGGCUAUGGCUGAACAGGCCGAUACGAGAAUGACAGUCGCUGCCGCAUGGUUUCACUCGCUCACACUCUCUAUCCAUUGUUUGAU